AUGGGUGGGCCGGCUGAUGGGUACAACGUAAUGGGACCGGUGGAAGGCGUGUGGUUGUGGAGCACUUAUCUUUCCAAGUGGAAGAACAUCGAGUUCUGUCUGCCUGACCUCCCAACAUCUCGACAACCACUCAUCGACCGCCAGCCAGUCUUCCAGGUUCCCAAGUUCUACGUGUGUCGUGAUCAGACACCGCCCUCGACUUCAUCACUUACACCGUACCGUACCCACUGCAAGCACGGCACAGGCAACGCAGCUAGCUGUUUCAGCCGAUCCACGUGUCUGUCUGCCGGCUUCCACCCGACAUCUACGGGUCCUUGGCAAUGCGAAGUCUUAAGUAUCCCGGCUCUGAGGGAUCGAUGCCUGAUGCAGGAGACGAAUCCCAUCAUCUGUGUCGCCAACGAUGUGGUGUGGACACACAGCUCCCGAAUGACCCCAGCCCGCGGGGCCAACCAAUAUGUAAAUGCGGAUACGGAUACGCAGACGCAGGCUCAGAAUACCUACCACCCUCGUCAGCUGUAG